AUGGCUUCAGAUAAUAUCCAAAGUAAGUGGGCUCAACAUCAAUUUGAAGAACCUACCAAGAAAUUGAAAACUCAAGAAGAUGUAGAAAUCUUUAAGAAGAGUAGCACAUUCUAAGAAUAUAUUAUUUUUGUCUGUGAGAUUUAAGUAUCAGUAAAAUCUAAAAUGAUUUCAGAGACAAAAGAUAAUGGUAAAUUCUAGAAGGUCGUUUAGUAUCUUUAAGAAUUGGAAGGGCUCCUUGAGAAGAACCCUCCAAUUUAGCAACCCAUGCGUUUUGGAAACAAGGCCUUCAAAGACUGGCAUGCUGAUAUGAUUAAAUCUACUGAUAACUUCCUUGCAGAAUAUUUGCCUGAACCUAUUAAAGGAGCAAUCGUAGAGUUGAGAGUUUAUUUGCAAGACUCUUACGGUUCUAAUGUUAGACUUGAUUAUGGAACGGGUCACGAAAUGGCUUUUGCUUUCUUCUUACUUGCAUUAAAAAAGCUCGGCUUAUAUGAUACUUCUGAUCUAGAAGUUUUAUGUAGAUGUGUAUUUUAUAAGUAUAUUAACUUGAUGAGGAAAAUUUAAGUUACUUACAUGCUUGAACCUGCUGGCUCACAUGGGGUUUGGGGUUUAGAUGACUAUCACUUUUUACCCUUUUUAUUUGGCUCAAAUGAGCUUGUAAACAGUUAAUACGUUUUAGAUCCUUCUUACAUUCAUAAGGAUGACAUACUUAAGAAAUACGAAAAAGAAUAUAUGUAUCUACACUGUAUCGACUUCAUAAAAUAAUAGAAGAAGGGUCCUUUCUUUGAGCACUCACCCAUCCUCAACGAUAUCUCAGGAGCUGCUAAUUGGACUAAAGUUGCCCAAGGUAUGGUUAAAAUGUACUAAGCUGAAGUUUUAUUUAAAUUCCCUGUAGUAAAGCAUAUAUUUUUUGGAACUAUAUUACCCUUCAACUGA